CAGCCGCUGGACUUCAGCAUGACUGUGUCUCAGAUACUGAGCUCUGUGGCCGUUUUGUUUCUCUGCGUCUCCAGAGCCAGCUCCCUGGAUACCUUUAUUGCAGCUGUUUAUGAGCACGCAGUCAUACUGCCUAAUGCCACCCCCGUGCCCGUGUCUCCUGAAGAGGCCUUGGCAGUAAUGAACCGGAAUUUGGAUCUUCUGGAGGGAGCCGUGACGUCAGCAUCAAAGCAGGGUGCGCAUAUCAUUGUGACCCCAGAAGAUGGCAUUUACGGUUUUAACUUCACCAGGGAAUCUAUCUACCCAUACUUGGAGGAUAUCCCAGACCCUCAAGUGAACUGGAUCCCUUGUGAUAAUCCUGACAGAUUUGGCCGUACCCCAGUGCAACAAAGACUCAGCUGUCUGGCCAAGGACAACUCCAUCUACGUUGUGGCAAAUAUCGGGGACAAGAAGUCAUGCAACGCCAGUGACCCUCAGUGUCCCCCUGACGGUCGUUACCAAUACAAUACUGAUGUGGUGUUUGAUUCUAAGGGAAAACUGGUGGCACGCUACCAUAAGCAAAACCUUUUCUUGAAUGAAGAUCAAUUCAAUGCACCCAAGGAACCCGAGGUCGUGACUUUCAACACCACCUUUGGAAAGUUUGGCAUUUUCACGUGCUUUGAUAUUCUCUUCCAUGAUCCUGCUGUGACUCUGGUGAGAGAAUCCCGUGUGGACACCAUACUCUUCCCAACAGCUUGGAUGAAUGUUUUGCCACAUUUGUCAGCUAUUGAAUUCCACUCAGCUUGGGCCAUGGGCAUGAAAGUCAACUUCCUAGCAUCCAAUCUACAUUACCCCUUGAAGAAAAUGACAGGGAGUGGCAUCUAUGCACCUGAUUCUCCACGAGCGUUUCACUAUGAUAUGAAGACAGAGAAGGGCAAACUCCUCCUUGCACAACUGGACUCCCACCCACACCCCACGCCAGUGGUGAAUUGGGCUUCCUAUGCCAGUGGUGUGAAAGCCCACUCAAUGGGAAACCAGGAAUUUACAGGCAUCAUUUUUUUUGAUGAAUUCAGCUUCUUGGAGCUCAAAGGAAUUGAAGGAAAUUACACAGUUUGCCAGAAAGAUCUCUGUUGUCAUCUAAGUUACAAGAUGUCUGAGAAAAGAUCAGAUGAAGUUUAUGCCCUGGGGGCAUUUGAUGGACUACACACUGUCGAAGGGACCUAUUACUUACAGAUUUGUACUCUGCUGAAGUGUAGAACAACAGACUUAGACACUUGUGGUGACUCAGUUGAGACUGCUUCCACCAGGUUUGAAAUGUUCUCCCUCAGUGGCACGUUCGGAACCCAGUAUGUCUUUCCUGAGGUGCUGCUGAGUGAAAUUCAGCUUGCACCCGGAGAAUUUCAGGUAUCAAGUGACGGACGCUUGUUCAGCCUGAAGCCAACAUCUGGACCUGUUCUGACAGUGACUCUCUUUGGAAGGUUAUAUGAGAAGGAUAGUGCGCCAAAUGCUUUAUCAGACCUCACCACACAAGCGCUAAGGGUAAUGUUCAUAGUUAUAAUACCUAUUGUGUACUCAUUAGAUUGGUAGAAUAUUUACACUUUCUAUCUUUACUUUGGAUAAUUUAAAAAAUAAUGAAUAUGAAAAGAAGAAUGGACCUGGGAUUUUGAUAAUAGUGCUCAUGAUCAUUCAUAUCAAUGAAUUGCUAACACAUUUUUUCUCUUGUUUAGAAACACACACACACACACACACACCAGACAAUAUAAAGUAGAUAAAGUGACAAAAUUUUGAAAAAGAGCAACAAUUAUACCCAUCUGUUAGGUUUUUUUUUUUUUAAGUGAGAAUGAAAUAAGUCACUAGAGUUAAAGUGCUUAGACAACUUCCCAGCUCAUGGUAAGUAUUGUGUAUACGUUAACUUUUACAGUGAUAUGGGACUCUCACAGGAAAACCAAUUGUGAUGUAUUUAUUGCUAAAAUCCUAUCAUCCCUGAUUGUUCAAAGUGCAUGUAUUUUCUAAUGGUUCAGCCACUCUGUAUAUUUUGAUUAAAAAGUCAGUAAACUCAAAAGCCAAUUGGGUGUGGCUUGAUAGCUAGCACUAAUGUAUCCCAGAGAGCAGCUGAGCUUACAUCUAGAAAUCUACUCAAGAGCCUGAAGAUUUUUUAUGUGCUUUUCAGUGGUGAUUGACUGCCUGUUUAGAGCUUUGCCUGUCUUGUCAACCUGUAAGCAAAUUAAUAGGGUGACUAAAGUAGACGUUUAUCAAAUCUGGCUUCUUAAUGGCCUGUGAGCUAAGAAAGGUUUUUAGGUUUAUGAAGAUUUGAAAAAGAAAAUUAAAAGAAGACUAGUAUUUUGUGACACAUGAAAAUCCUUUGGAAUUCAAAUUUCAGUCUCCAUACCUAAAGUGUUAUUGAAGAAAGCCAUGUUCAUUUGUUCAGUAGUGUUGAUGGUGUUUUUCAUGCUGCAGUUGUGGAAUUGAGUAGCUGUGAUAGAGACUGUAUAGACUAAAUGGCCAAAGAAGCUGAAAAUAUUUACUACCUUUACAGAGAAAUAUUGCCAUCUCCUGCUCUAAAGUAUUAAAGAACAAUGCAUCUUAGUAUUGAAAACAAGUAAGGGCAAAUUAUCCUUGAGUGUCUCUUAUUCUUCCACUCAAAGAGAAAUAAAAUAUUUUCAUUUGCUUUCUGUUAUAUUAACAUCACAAGAAGAUUACCUUGAUUAACUUAUGACCAAAUAUGUCUAAUAGGCUAUUACCCCAAACAAGUGAAU